AUGGCUGCUCUAUCCGCGUGUCCGAAUAAUAGUAUUGCACAAUACUAUAUUCUAAUCAAACAAGGAAUCUACGAAGAAUAUGUCCAAAUCGACUCAUGGAAAACGAACAUUGUUUUCAUUGGAGAAGGAAUGGACAAAACAAUAAUAUCGGGAAAUAAGAGCUAUGGUGGUGGAAUAGGAACAUACUAUACUGCUACCGUGGGGGUGGAUGGAGUAGGCUUCAUGGCUCAAGACAUAACUUUUCGGAACACGGCUGGACCUGCUAACUAUCAAGCAGUAGCUUUAAGGGCAUCCGGUAACUCCUCCACCUUCUAUAGGUGUCAAUUUGAUGGUUUUCAAGACAUCGUAUACACACAAGCUGGCAAUCAGUUCUACAGAGAGUGUAUAAUUUUGGGCACCAUCGACUUCAUUUGUGAUGAUGCAACUGCGGUGUUUCAAAGUUGUUUAAUUGAAGUACGUAAGCCAAUGAAAGGUCAAUACAUCGCCAUCACAGCACAACAAAGAAAUGACAAUGGACCAACAGGACUCGUAUUGCAGAAUUGCACGUUGCGAUUAGAAACUCCAGAUGCGGGGGACAAUGUUGCUAUGUACUUAGGUCGACCGUGGGGAAAUUUUUCACUUACCAUAAUUAUGCAGAGUUACAUAGAUAUGUUGAUAAAUUCAAGAGGGUGGAUAGAAUUUGAAGGAAGGCCCAGAGUUCAGCCAUACUAUUUGGAAUACCAGAAUAAAGGAGUCGGUGCAGAUAUAAGGAGACGUGUGAAGUGGGCAUCAACUACUAAUGAUCCCAGGAUCGUAUCAAAUUUCACCGUUAGAAAUUUCAUAAACGGUGACAAAUGGAUUCCCUCCACAGUUCCACAUUACUUAGAUCUCCUGUAG